GCCUGCGCGUUGGCCGCCAACUCGCUCUGGUGGCUGUGGUCGGGGCUCGGGACCGGCUGCCAUCUUAGUCGAGGGAUUGAGGAAUCGCCGCCGCUCCGAGUCCCGGUAACAUGCAUUUAACAGUGGCCUUCUGGAGACAACACCUUAACCCAAAGAAGUGACUCGAAGAGUGGGAGCUUCAGGUUUGACAUCCUGUUGGUGGUAUGUCUGAUAGUGGAUCACAACUUGGUUCAAUGGGUAGCCUGAGCAUGAAAUCACAACUUCAGAUCACCGUCAUCUCAGCAAAACUCAAAGAAAAAAAGAAUUGGUUUGGACCAAGUCCUUAUGUGGAAGUCACAGUUGAUGGACAGUCAAAGAAGACAGAAAAAUGCAACAAUACGAACAGUCCCAAAUGGAAGCAGCCCCUUACAGUUAUCGUCACCCCUAUGAGUAAAUUACAUUUUCGUGUGUGGAGUCACCAGACACUGAAAUCUGAUGUUUUGUUGGGAACUGCUACAUUAGAUAUUUAUGAAAUGUUAAAAUCAAACAAUAUGAAACUUGAAGAAGUGGUUGUGACUUUGCAGCUUGUAGGUGACAAAGAGCCAGCAGAGAUAAUAGGAGACUUGUCCAUUUGUCUUGAUGGGCUGCAGUUAGAGUCUGAAGUUGUUAUUAAUGGUGAAACUACAUGCUCAGAAAGUGCUUCACAGAAUGAUGAUGGCUCCAGGCCCAAGGAUGAAACAAGAGCAAACACAAAUGGAUCAGAUGACCCUGAGGAUGCAGGGUCUGGUGAAAAUAGAAGGGUCAAUGGAAAUAAUUCUCCAUCACUCUCAAAUGGCGGUUUUAAACCUUCUAGGCCUCCAAGACCUUCACGACCACCUCCACCUACCCCACGUAGACCAGCAUCUGUCAACGGUUCGCCAUCUGCCACUUCAGAAAGUGACGGAUCUAGUACAGGCUCUCUGCCACCAACAAAUACAAAUGCAAAUACAUCUGAAGGCGCUACAUCUGGAUUAAUAAUUCCUCUUACUAUAUCUGGAGGUGCAGGCCCUAGGCCCUUAAAUCCUGUCGCUCAAGCUCCCCUACCACCUGGUUGGGAGCAGAGAGUGGACCAGCAUGGGCGAGUCUACUAUGUAGAUCAUGUUGAAAAACGAACAACAUGGGAUAGACCAGAACCUCUACCUCCGGGUUGGGAGCGGCGGGUUGACAACAUGGGACGUAUUUAUUAUGUUGACCAUUUCACAAGAACAACAACAUGGCAGAGGCCUACAUUGGAAUCUGUCCGUAACUAUGAACAGUGGCAGCUACAACGAAGUCAACUUCAAGGAGCAAUGCAGCAGUUUAACCAGAGAUUCAUUUAUGGGAAUCAGGAUUUGUUCGCUACAUCACAAAGUAAAGAAUUUGAUCCCCUUGGUCCAUUGCCAUCUGGAUGGGAGAAGAGAACGGACAGCAAUGGCAGAGUAUAUUUUGUCAACCACAACACUCGUAUUACACAGUGGGAAGAUCCCAGAAGUCAAGGCCAGUUAAAUGAAAAGCCCUUACCAGAAGGCUGGGAAAUGAGAUUCACUGUGGAUGGAAUUUCAUAUUUUGUGGACCACAAUAGAAGAACAACCACCUAUAUAGAUCCCCGCACAGGAAAAUCUGCCCUAGACAAUGGACCCCAGAUUGCCUAUGUUCGGGACUUCAAGGCAAAGGUUCAGUAUUUCCGGUUCUGGUGUCAGCAACUGGCCAUGCCUCAGCACAUAAAGAUUACAGUGACAAGAAAAACAUUGUUUGAGGAUUCCUUUCAGCAGAUAAUGAGCUUCAGUCCUCAAGAUCUGCGAAGACGUUUGUGGGUGAUUUUUCUAGGAGAAGAAGGUUUAGAUUAUGGAGGUGUAGCAAGAGAAUGGUUCUUUCUUUUGUCACAUGAGGUGUUGAACCCAAUGUAUUGCCUGUUUGAAUAUGCAGGGAAGGAUAACUAUUGCUUGCAGAUAAACCCUGCCUCUUACAUCAAUCCAGAUCACCUGAAAUAUUUUCGUUUUAUUGGCAGGUUUAUUGCCAUGGCUCUGUUCCAUGGGAAAUUCAUAGACACGGGUUUUUCUUUGCCAUUCUACAAGCGUAUCUUGAACAAACCAGUCGGACUCAAGGAUUUAGAAUCUAUUGAUCCAGAAUUUUACAAUUCUCUCAUCUGGGUAAAAGAAAACAAUAUUGAAGAAUGUGGUUUGGAAAUGUACUUCUCAGUCGAUAAGGAAAUUCUUGGUGAAAUUAAGAGUCAUGAUUUGAAACCCAAUGGCGGCAAUAUUCUUGUAACAGAAGAAAAUAAAGAGGAAUACAUCAGAAUGGUAGCUGAGUGGAGGUUGUCUCGAGGCGUUGAAGAACAGACACAAGCUUUCUUUGAGGGCUUUAAUGAAAUACUUCCCCAGCAGUAUUUGCAAUACUUUGAUGCAAAGGAAUUAGAGGUCCUUUUAUGUGGAAUGCAAGAGAUUGAUUUAAAUGACUGGCAAAGACAUGCCAUCUACCGUCAUUACACUAGGACAAGCAAGCAAAUCAUGUGGUUUUGGCAGUUUGUUAAAGAAAUUGAUAAUGAGAAGAGAAUGAGACUUCUGCAGUUUGUAACUGGAACCUGCCGACUGCCAGUUGGAGGAUUUGCUGACCUCAUGGGGAGCAAUGGACCACAGAAGUUUUGCAUUGAAAAAGUUGGGAAAGAAAAUUGGUUACCCAGAAGUCAUACCUGUUUUAACCGCCUGGACCUGCCACCCUAUAAGAGUUAUGAGCAACUGAAGGAAAAGCUGUUGUUUGCCAUCGAAGAAACAGGAGGAUUUGGACAAGAAUAGCUUCUGAGAAUUUGCACCACCGGAGGACAAGAAUGCAUUUAUAAUGUUUGUCCUUUUCCCUCUCUGCCUGUUACACAUCUUGUUGUAAAUUGGACUGUGACUGUUUAGAGAGUUAUCUGUGUGUAAGUAAAUUAAUGUUAUCAUUGAGAUUUAUCUCCCAGUGAUUCUGGAUUUCUACUCAGCGUUUCCAGAAAUCAGAUCUGCAAACGACUAGUCAAAACCUUACUUAACUUGAGAUUUAACACAGCAAUGAAAUCUGCCUUGUCUUAUUCCACUACAUUGUUUCCUUAACAACAGUUUUAUAUAUAUGUGUGUGAAAAGUCUCAACUUUGGGAGUAGGUUUUUUAAAGAUUCUGCAGAUAAACGGGAAGUCCCUUGGUAACUGCGAUAUGCAAGAUGUUCAUAUUAAGCAUCUUGGUAAGAGGUAUUUGUUAAAAAUGAAGCUUAACCCAGCUUUUGGGGACCAUGAGCAGACUUCUGUCUUGUGCUGUCCCUCUCACUUCAGCCUGGCCUGACUGUUGUUUUUCCUUUCUGGAGGUUGAAUCCAUGCAUCUUUUGGUGUUAUACUUGGAAGUGAUGCAGGACUCUUGGCAUCUCUCUACAAAGCAGCUUUGUCAGUUUGAAUUCAGGGAGAAGUUGGUCCCAGCCUGCAAUUGACUUCAUACCUCUCUUCAUUUGGAAAAUUUGAUUAUUUUAAUUGCCUUGCAAACACUAAUCUUUACAAACAAUAUUAACACUUUGGUUCCUUCACUGUUGUUCAUAAAAGUUAACCUAGAAUUGGAAUAAUUUAGCUGAGUUCAUAUAAAGCCAUCAGUGAAGAUUUGUGUUUGGGAAAAGUUUGCAUCUUUAUAGUUUUAUCAUAAUCCACCAGCUUCAGUUAUAUUUAAUUAUUACCAAGCAGUUGAAGUUGUAACCAGAGUGCUUUCUAGUCCAAAUAGAGGUCAAUGAAACAUCUUCUGAAAUUACAUUUUAAUUUGGGAGAGCUGUGGUACUAACCAAAAAGGAGGCGUCACCAUCUAGUAACCACAGAAAUGUAUUCUCUCUCUGUGAAUUAAGUCUUUGAAUUUAUCAUUUCUCUGACAUAUGUUAAAGUAAUUAUUUCCAUUCUUUACAUUAUCCUGAAUAGGAUUAACAUCCUUCACCUGCAAUAUUCUUUUCACCCUUGAAAAUUUAGGUUUUCCUUUUUCCCCCAUUACUGUUUAAUUUUAGACUGCUCCUUUAGUAGCCGAUUAAUGCACUUUGAACUUCUCUGUACUUCAUUUCUUUUAACUUGGCCUAACUUAGACUCUUUUGAGAUGGCUGCUAUCAUAGAUUUUACUUUAUGGACAGUGGGAUGAAGCCUAAGCCACCUGAGUUUAGUUGUCAUAGCUGAACUGUGGCGACAGCCUCAUAACUCAUGAAACAGGGACUUUCACAGAUUUUAGUAGUGUAGCACAAAGGAGUAGCAUUGAGUCAAGAGUAAGCAGAGACUAAUAAACCCCUGUUCCAUAUGGGAAGUAAUGUCUUUUUGUCCCCAUUUAAAUCCUGAAACAACAACAAAAACUUUUUUUUUUUAUCUUGUGUAUCUGUACUCUAAGACACUGCCAUAAUAAAGCAGAGACUUAGGUGAGUAAAAGGGAUGCCUCAUCCAGAGGUUGUUAGUGUAAAGGAGGAGAUUAGGCUCUACCCAACUCUGUUUUAUUUUUAUUCCAUAUGCCCCAGGAAAUGUAGUGUGGUUUCCAAAAGCCCUAGUAGUUUUCAAAGUAGGAACUCUCUGCCUUUUUAUUGGUAGGGAGAAAAAAAAA